GCCCUCUUUCAGGAAGGGGCUGACUGCUCCUCCCUUCGCAGGGGCCCUCUGAAGCUCAGGAAGCUGGGGACCCGGCCCUGGGCAGUCAUGGCCCUCCCCUUCCAGAAGGAGCUGGAGAAAUACAAGAGCAUCGAUGACGACGAGCUUCUUGGCAAGCUCUCCGAGGAGGAACUGAAGCAGUUGGAAAAUGUUCUCGACGACCUAGAUCCCGAGAGUGCCACGCGGCCCGCUGGGCUCCGGCAGAAAGACCAGACGCAGAAGGCGGCCACCGGCCCGUUUGACCGUGAGCACCUGCUCAUGUACCUGGAGAAGGAGGCGCUGGAGCAGAAGGACAGGGAGGACUUCGUGCCCUUCACUGGGGAGAAGAAAGGGAGAGUCUUCAUCCCCAAGGAAAAGCCCGUGGAAACUCAGCAAGAAGAAAAAGUGACCCUGGACCCGGAGCUGGAGGAAGCUUUGGCCAGCGCCUCCGACACAGAGCUCUACAACCUCGCAGCCGUCCUUGGAGUACACACCUUGCUCAACAAUCCAAAGUUUGAUGAAGAAACAGCCAACGGCAAAGGCGGCAAGGGCCCUGUGAGGAAUGUGGUGAAAGGCGAGAAGGUCAAGCCAGUGUUUGAGGAGCCUCCCAACCCCACCAACGUGGAAGUCAGUCUGCAGCAGAUGAGGGCCAACGACCCCAGCCUGCAGGAAGUGAACCUCAACAACAUCAAGAGCAUCCCGAUUCCCACCCUGAAGGACUUCGCCAAGGUGCUGGAGACCAACAUGCACGUGCAGAAGUUCAGCCUGGCCGCCACCCGCAGCAACGACGCCGUGGCCGUGGCUUUUGCAGAGAUGUUGAAAGUGAACAAGACUUUGAAAAGCCUGAAUGUAGAGUCCAACUUCAUCACAGGUGCGGGGAUCCUGGCCCUGGUGGAGGCACUUAGGGAAAACGACAGCUUGACGGAGAUCAAGAUCGACAACCAGAGGCAGCAGCUGGGAACAGCUGUGGAGAUGGAGAUUGCGCAGAUGCUGGAGGAGAACUCGAGGAUCCUCAAGUUUGGAUACCAGUUUACCAAGCAGGGGCCGCGCACCAGGGUGGCAGCUGCCAUCACCAAGAAUAACGACCUGGUUCGAAAGAAGAGGGUUGAAGGAGAUCGAAGGUAAACGUCCGCGGGAAGAGGUGAAAUUUCACCACAGAGCCAUUUAAAAGCAGAUACAAGUUCCUUCUCCAUGGGACCAUUUUGUCAGAGUUGUUCAUUUCCGUUAACCACACAACUGAUGAUUCAAUUGCUGGUUUUUUGUUUGUUUUUGUUUUGGAAUUGCUUGUGUAACUGGGAUUCUCCCAUGUGUAGUUGUUUCCUUGCUUCUGGGCACGUGGGGCAACUUGCCCAGAUGGACGCAGGUGUUAGAGCGACUGUCGUGGCUGUGGUUUAACCACUUCGUGCUGCCUGGCCCUCUCUUUCUUACGUGAACUCUUUUAACCACGGAAAGGCAUUUAAUUUAUAAUGUUUUAACUGAUUACAGGUGAGGCCUACCUCUGUUUACACGCACAGCUUCGAGUUAGGCUAAAUAUAUAUCCAGUGUUCUGCUUACCGCAUGAGAAGUUAGUGUUGCCAAUCUUUCACUGGGUGAGAAAAUGUGACCCAUUUAGCACAAAUCCCUUAGUUGGAGAAAAAUCCCUGUGGGCCGGGAUGUAGCUCAGUGGCUACUGUGGCUACUGCACCUGCCUAGCAAGCGCAAGGCCCUGAGUUCGAUCCCCGGUACCCAAAAUUAAAAAAAAAAAAAAUCCCUAAGCGCACACAUCCAGCUGAUCACAGGUGAGACAAAUACACAUGGCCAUUAUGAAACAGUAAAUGAUAAUGUACUUUGGAAUUUUUUAAAUGAUACGGAAGACGAUAGUCAUAAAUACUCACGAUACUCCCCUGUGCUCCUUCCGAUAUUCUGGAGAUCUGUGUGUCUGCAGGAGGAAGUACCACGUAGGAGUGCUCUCUCAUGCGGCUAUUCCAGGUGGUGUUUAAUAACUUCUUGCCUGAGGUGGAAGUAUUUAUGCUGUGGAACUUAGUGAUGUGUUACAAAUUGGGACUUUCCCACUCUUAACUGCAGUUAUCAGCAAUGCUGGGUGAAGAAGAUACAAUGUUUAAAUUUAUCCCUUUUGGUUACCUUGUUGCCAAUGGGGUAUUAUUGCCCCGAGUCUUUCUUGCUAUCCUCCUGCUUGUUAGAGCUCCGUAAGUGGGGAUCUCAUGGGGCUCAGCUGAGCCUGUCCUUUCUCUCUCACUCUUCUCUGCCUUCACCCGGAGAACCGAGAACCCUGCAGUGCUCCCCACAGCCGCAGUGUUAACAAGCCUUGGCAGAAAGCGAGAAAAAAUUUAGAAUUGGAUCAUGGCUAUGCCACGCAUACAAGCAGCUGUUGAUAAUGUCACUGCAAGUGAGCGGAACAUUGCAAAAAUGCAGCACUGUCUUUAGCUUAUAAAAUAGUUGGGUCACAUAUAAUAGAGUUUAUGAGGUCAAAUAUUUAUUAGUGAUCACUUUGUCUUGUUAUUAUCCAUAUUUGUAAAGUAGGCUGACAGGUGACUUUCCAGGAGUAUUUGCAUGUUGAAGAUGACUGUUAGAAGAUAAACGUACAUUUUGGGGAACCUAUCAGAUCAUUUGAUUACGCCUUCAUCUCCCAUGUGCCCAAAGUGAAUGAGAGGAAAUUUGUUCCUGAUGAUUAGCAUGAUUGAUCCCUUACUUUCUAUCACGAUGGGGCAUAAUGUAAAUAUUUUUAUAUUUGACGUGUAUGCUUUGCUCAAUACUUUGUUGAGCUAUUUGGCAAUACCUGGACACCCAAUUGCAGGGACCCAUGCCCAUCCCCCCAGUUAGAGUUGUGCAGUAAAAUCACUCCCUUGGACUCGUCCCCAGCACCUGUCACAGCAGAUGGGAUGUGGGAGAGAAACCUUCGUGGUCCAGGAAUCCUGGGACGAGCGCAGCCCUACCUCUCCCAUCUGCCCCAGGUGUGGUGGAAGCGCUUUCAUCCUUAGCGUGAUCAACUCCUUGGCGUCAUCUUUGGCCGCAUCAUGUAAAUACGUGGGGUGUGUGUGUGUGUGUGUGUGUGUGUGUGUGUUUGUGUGUGUUUUCAGAUAUCCAAGUAGGUAUCUGGCUACAUCUGGACACCUGAUUGAAGGGAGAUGCUCUCCCCCAGGUCCUCUUUCCCUGCCCUCUGUCAAGUCGCUGCAGGCCCAGGCCCAAUGUGAAUCUACCCUGAAAUCUGUAGUUCGUCCCCAGCCCUCAUGUCUCCCAGCUGCAUGGAGAACGACUCUUAGGAAGUAAAUGUAGCAGCCUAGAAGUCACCUCAUGGUCCAGCAUGAAAUUGUCCUGUGUGCCUAAAGUGAAGUGUGCAGCGUUUCUCCCGCAGCAUCACAGUGAAGCCCUCCUCCCACUCCGGGGCACACUGCAUAUCAAUAUUUUGUACAUAAAGAUCAGAAGAUACGGUCCUGGGGUGUUUGGCUCCCUCCGGACCACCGAGUGAAACGAGGCCUCGCUCCCAGCCUUGUUUCUUCCCCUCUCAGGGUCUAGAGGGGUGCCCAGGGCUCACCCACCUCGCGCCUCACCUUCCAGGAACAGCCCUCAGAGCCACCCUCGGGGUGACCAGCUCGGCAACCCAUGGAACAGCUGCCGCAGGAGAGGGGGUGCGUGGGAGGAGCCAGCCACAUUCCCCAGCACUGGGGAAGCCGCUGUCCCCAAGUCACUGCCUUGAGAACAGUUAUCGAUGCUGGAAACCUGACAGGUGUGCAGCACCACAUGCUGGCCAGUUAAAGAUGGUCCUGGGGGUUACAGAAGCAUUUGCAAAUACUUCCUUCUGCACGGGUAAGAUGUGGUCAGCUCUCUCCUAGCUACUGCGGAGGAGAAAGAAGAAACAGAAUCGUGGCUUGAUAGAAUUUUCUGGUUUGGGGUUUAGGGGUGGACGGAGUGCCUCUUUGCAAAGUAGACGCCCUCUGUAGUUCAGUUCUUGGUGGCCUCGCCAUUGGUGGGCACAGGACAGGGAGCUGUGAACACUGGUUUCUGUGGUAUGUUGCCUGGCUGGGUAGAACUGUUGCUGGCGUCAGGUUGUAAGCUAUGAACCUGAAGCUCCCUUCCCCACUUCCUGUGAUGACACAGUGGUCACUGUUUCCCCUUUAAUGAUCGGAGCUCUAAGAAGGAGAGUCCUGCACUGUGUUCCCUAGUAUUUUCUCUUUCCUCCUCAUUGUUUCUCACCUCCACUUGUUCUCAAAGCUAAAGGACAGAGACACGGGGAAGAUGUGCCGUGCUUACACCACCUGGCUGGGCCCUCUGGACGGACAGCUCACUGUCAGCCCCUGGAACCAGCUGGCCAGGAAAAACUGCUCAGCGCCCCAGAGAUUCUGCACUGUGUUCUUGGUCCCCAACUUGAGAUCUGAUUGGUUUUGCUUCGUGGUUCUGGAGUGGAGUGGAGUGGAGAGGCUGGCUGACAGGAGGAGGGAGCACAGAAUUAGAUUUACAUUCAUUUAACGACAGAACCGGGCUCCACCCACUCACCUCUUUCCCAGAUGCUUUUCACGGUAGCGACUAAACAAUCCAUGAUGGGUUUGCAGGGUUUAAAUCUGUGAUCUCGCUCUGGGUACUGUUCUAAUAGCAGUACGCCAGGCAGGACUCGGGCCAGUUUGGGACUUGGAAGAAGGUGCAGGAGAGGGUAACGAGAGUGAACAGCUAGCCAGACUCCCCGUGGUGCCUGUCACCCACGGCGGUCACCCUGAGGACAGCGGCUCAGCUGGCUGGGGGGGCAGAGGACAGAGGACUGAACCCCAUCCCCAACACUUAGCAGGUAUCUGAUCAUGGGCAAUUCAUUCAAUUGCCCCAAUUAUAGACUCUCCAGGGGGAAGAGCACCAGAUUCAGAGUCGGGAGACCUGGACAUUCGGCACCACACUUUCCAAGUUUGGUGGCUCUGGCGAGCCUGUGGGCUCUCAGGCCUGAGGUUUCCCAGCCAUAAAGUGGGAGUGGCGCCUUCACUAACUACCUCAGAGCUGCAGUGCGACCGUCACCGGAUUAGUGGGUGAAAACGCAGCAGAAACUAGGAAUAACUGCACCACAGUGGGCGGUUCUUGUUACUAUCAGCUCAUGAACGUGUCCCACUGCGUCUUGGCCCUGCUUUAUUCUGAGCGAGAGUGACAUCCUCCAGACCUUUGGAGAAGGGGGAAUUGCAGCAUGGUAUGACAGAGGGACUAGAAUUAUUUCACUUGCACCCCAGAUGGGAGAGAGGGCUUGAUGGCAGGGGUGUGCAAGAUGAGGUGUUUCCCUACGCCGUGUUGACAAUACCUUGGCCAGAAUCUUUAUAGAGGGCUUAGGGCUGGACAUAGGAGGUAGUGGACAGUGGCUAAGAAUUGAGAGAAAGAUCUGAGGCACUGCUACCUUCCUGGGAGGCUAAGACCCAAGGUAUCACUGGGGGUCCGGGGGGGAUGGCUGCCUCUGGGCUCCCAGAACUGCCUGCCUACAGAGCAGCAGUGUGAUGGUGCUAGCUGUGAGGCAGACGGGGACAGAGUGCCACCUGUCACGAUCAGCUGGCCAGGGCAGCAGCUUCCAUCACCAGCAACCCCCCCCCCCGGCCAGCAGUUUCUGCUAAGGAAGGAAAGGACUUAGCAUGGCCUCGGGGUCUUUCAUCGGCACUUGGAGGCAGGAAGCUUCUCCCCAGUCUUUGUAUCUUUCGUACCAUCUAGUAAGGUGCCUUGUACAUAGUUGGUGCUUAAUAAAUGUUGCUUGCGCUUCACUGGCCUCCAGUCUCACAAGAAUUAUGCUCCAUUGGCCACCAGGUGAUAUUUUUAGAAAGCAACAGUGAUUCGAUGCCAGCUGCAUGCAGCUGUGGGCAGGGUCCUCAGCCAUCUGUCCUUCCUUUCAUCUGGGAGUGGACUACAUGGUCUGUCUGUCCCUUCUGCCUCCCAGACUUGCCACCCUGUGAUCCUGAAUCAUUCUCGUUGCCUCUCACUGGUGCAGGCAGGGCUCCCGACAGCUUUUAUUGUCUUUGGUUCUGGGUGUGCAGUUCUGGAUUUCUCAGAAAGAAUAAGGUAGGGCUGGGGAUGUCGCUCAUGAUAAGAGAGCUGGCCUCACAGGUGCAGGCUGGCUCUGCAAAAUGGAAAAAAAAAAAGAAUGUUGAAGGGAGGGGUGGGACACCAGAGAGGUUAUUUUAAAACAUAUUAUAUUUUCUCCCCAGAAUCAGUGGGAAAAGAGUGGUGGAUGCUGAGAUAGCACAGCUGGUUCUCCGUGGGCUUCUCUGUAUGUAUGUGCGCGUGUACGUGCGUUUCUGAGCACAGGCGGACUGGGCAGCACAGAGCAGCUGGCCCAGGAUGGAAAACUACAGUUAACUUCAGUGUGGGGAGAUAGGAAUUGGCUGUAUGGCGAAGUGAGAUGCCGAGAAAAUACACUUUGAAAGGGAAUUUUAUUUUAGCACCAAAUGUUGUCAGUGACAAUCUUUAGUUAAGAAAGAAAUGAUUCUCACCUAAAAUUCUAAUCUUUGCCAUUUUGUUUUGAGGGGGAAAAAUUCUAUGUACCUGGAAGACAAUACUUAUAUUUUAAUUAAGCCUUCACCUUAAUUCCGUUUCAUUUUUGUUUCCAGGAAAAUGAACAAGCAGCAUUUUUUUCCUUUGCAUUUGAAAAUGUAAAAUACUUGCAUGCCACUGACCUGUAAUAUCUUUCCAGUUCAGAUGCCUGUAAUGCGUGACCUUUUGUAUAUCGUUCAGUGUAUUGUUUUUGAAGAGAACAAAACAAAUAAUACUUUCGUAAACUGUAAAUGGUUUAAACUUGUAUUGGCAACAUCUGUUUGGCUAAGCAGUUAUUGAAAAAAAAAACUCAUGUGGUUUUAUUUCAUUUGAAACUUUCCCAUCAAAGCUAGCCAACUGGUUAGGAAUUAAAGACUAAUUUUCCAGGGCUGGGAUGCAGCUCAGUGGUAAAGCGCUUGCUUUACCUGAGUGCAAUCUCCAGCCCUGAAAAAAGAGAAAAGAGAGGCUAAUUUGCCCUUUAAAUGUGAAGUUGAACAUUUGUGG